UAUAUAUAUAUAUAUAUGAAAAGUGACAUAUUCCAGUGUUAAGGCGUGACUUUAAAAUGGUUCCAGGGCCUAUCAAUUUGUCAAGUAAACAAUUGAUCCGAAUGAGUAGCGAACUACAAGUACCACACUUUAUAGCCAUCUAAUAACCUUACGUCAGUUCAGUCAAAGGUGUGCCAUUUUCAACAAUUAAUGAAAUCUUGCGAUUUGACAUCCUUUAAAAAAAUGUUUUUGUCUGCUCUUUUAAAAUUAGACACUAUUGCACGUCAGCUACUUCAAUCUUUUGUUUGAAUUAUCAUCGAAUGCGCCCACUGCUUGGGCGCCCCCUAUUUAUAAAUUCAAUUCGCUCACAGGUUUGAACGUUUUUAAUUUAUUUUAAAUGGACGACUGAAUUGUACGCUGUACUAUUUUGUCUAAGAUUGAUAUGUCUUGUAUAUUUCAAUGGUACGUUGAUUAUGACGUUAAUUUUAUGCUCCAAAUAUUGUAAUCAACCAAGGUUCUGGUACAUGUUAUGCUUUUUAAUAGGUCAAUAAUAUCGGAAAUACAGAUACUAACCUGGCUGCCAGUCGCGUGCUGCACAGGCUCCAAAUUGGUUUAUCCUUCACGAGCAGCGUUUAACCCUUGUAAGGCCUGGUGUCCGGUGGUGUUGGUCGAGGUGAGCUGACUACAGUGAUGACCAUGUCCCAGUGAGACUGGGCAGGGCAACCUGGCCCCGAGGAGGAGUGGAGGUGCCAGAGAAGCUCUGCCAGUCACAAUUAGACGGAAGAACAGAUAGAGGGACAUACCCCUUCCCCUCAACACUGCCCACCACCUCGCAACCAUGCAUGGUUUCACUGAUCGAGCAUCUGCAGAAACAUAGUCUGGACGGCAACGCUCACCAAAGGGCCCCCAACGUGUUUCUGCUGGACCCCAACAACCUAGGAAUUUGCUGGCCUACAGAUGGAUUGAUGCCUGAGAGUGGUUAUUGGCAGCUCUGCCCUCCCUCCAAGCCUGGCCUGCAGGGUGUGCUGAGCUCCAGCUUCCCCCCCUGCCCUGUCCCUCUGGUUCCCCCCGAAACUCGCCUGGCAGAGGGGGAAGCCCUGCACCGGCCCCUGGUCCCAAGCACCUCAGUGACAGACCUGUCUUUUCCAAGUGCACCCCCUCCCCCCCCGCCACCCCCCAAACGCCACUGUCGUUCACUGUCCGUGCCAGAGGACCUUUCAUGCUGCCGUUACACCUGGCGGCCCAGCGCUUCGAGGGUCUGGACACCUGUGAAUCGUCAAUGCCACAGUGGAGGGGUAGCCGGGGGGCCUUGUCCGCUUCGUGCUCCUAGCUCAUCUCUAACCUCUUCACUACACUCUUCUUCAAGCCCCACAUUCUUUAGCAUUGCUCUCUCUCCUGACUCCCCACUGCCCUGGAAUUUCCCAUGGGACCCCAGUGACACUGCUGGAGGAGGCGCCUGUUGCUGUUUCUUCCACUCCCCAUCAUCAUGCUCCUCUCCGUCCCCGCUCCACCCUCCCCUUCCUCCACAGCGACGCUUCUCUCUGUCACCUGUCCUUAUCAGAGAGGCUGCCGCCCAGUUCCUGCCCCCGCCUCCAGUUCCACCCCAUUGUGCAGCACCCCCUCCGGCUGUGCCUGCUUUGCCCUCCUCUGCCUGCAGCACCCCGUCCUCUCUUCGCCGGGCCAUCCCCCCUCAGCUCCCUCGCUGCCACUCACAGCCCUGUGACCUGCUCCUUCUCAAACCGGGACUGAAGCGACGCCGUGACCCAGACAGACCAUUUGCCCGGCCAGUACUGGAUUUCACCAAGAUGACUCAGACUCGCAGUACAGACCCCUUGAGUGGUAUGGAGCGUGGGAGGCUGGCUUGUGGAGGGGAUGUUUGCAUGGGCUUUGAGCCUUUUUUGGGGGACUUCAGAGGGUCGUGUUCACCAGAGGUGCUGGGAAGGACAAGCAUUGGUCCUCUAAGCGAGAGUGACGAGGAGGGGGAAGAGGGGGAGGAAGACCCUGAUCGAGAAGAGUGUCCGCCGAGUAUCUUUGAGAGGGAUUGUACAGAACUAGAUUUGAGCCUAAUUGAAGAAAAUUAAAAUGUUGUUAAUUGGAGACUGUUUUCCUCUUUACCGCCAGCAUUCAACACUCCACUCCCAGCCCUGCUAUACUUCAUCGGCAGGGCUCUCAGGAACAUGACUUCUCUCUCAUGGGAAGAGCUGGGGUAUAUAUAAUCUCAUUGACAAUGGUCAUGAUUUGACUACUACCAAUAAUAACAAUUAAUUCAGGUAGCCAUGGAUGCUGUCCUUCCAUCAGAGUACAUUCCAGAACCAGUUGCUGAGACAUUGUGAAUAAUCUGAAUGCUGGAGAUGCCAGCUAUUCCCAUAGUGUCUGUUGGAUGUCUUCAUAAUGCACCCUCAGACUGAUGGAAUUUUGGAAGACUAACAAGCUUCUGGUCACUUGCUUUAUUUUACAUGACUUUUCUUUUAAUUGUAUUUUUGUUGGUGCAGUAGUAAGAAUAGACUUGAAUGAUGGUGGUGAAUUGAAUAUCUGUGUUUUGUUCAGUUUGAUGCAAAAGGGCAGUAUGUCAUUGCUGUUUUCUUUCUGCUGUCCUGUUAUUUUCUGUUAAACAAUCCAUAUGAUUCAGCAUAAGCCUUAAGACACCUUUUUUUCUGUAAACAAAAAAAUACAACUAUGAAAAGGUAAUGAAUUGUGUAGCUGUUGCUAUUAGUCCUUUCAUUGUUUAUUUUCUGCUGUUUUUUUAUAUUAUCUAUAUGACUCAUCUUCUGAAAAUAGAGAUGUAUAGACAUUGAUAAUGAAUGCACUGUUUGACAAGUUAACCUAAAAAUGGAAGCAACCACUGUAUUCUGAGGGCACAUUGUAAUAUUGUAUUAUACAGCGAUCAUUUGUUGAAAACAAGUUGUGUAAAGAUGGUAGCUAGGAGACCUGGGGCAGGCCAUUGCUGUCUUUUAGACAUGUUUUUUUUUUUUAUUGUAUGUGUUAAAAAAGAUGGCAAUUUCGAACUCAGUUUGUGAAUAAAUAAAGUUUAUUGGAAAUUAUUUUACAAGGAAA